AUGUCCCUUGAGGAUCUGUCAACACUUUCGCUCUUUCCAGCUACAAAAGAACAGAUCUUGGAGUCGAGGAAGCGUACUUAUCCUCAAUGGGGCAGAGGUCUUACGCUUGAGGGCUAUUUUGCUCGAGAAUCUCGACUUGAUAUUGCUGAGCAUGCUCAAGGCGAUAAAUUCACUACCUGGGUUUUGGCUCCUCGGGAAAAUCCUACGACUUUAGAUUUCAAGAGCUCUUGUGAGACUUACCGCCGGAGAUCACUAGUCAAAAGACCUGGAUCAACAAGCUCGGAAGAAGUCUAUGGCUAUGGGAUUGCAUCUGUGUUUACUCCGCCAAAUAAUCGCGGAAAGGGCUACGCCCGUCGUUUGAUGAGCUUCCUCCACUGGGUCAUAGCACCACAUGCGUCCCUACCGCCUUUCCCUUCAAGCUGGGGCACUCCUCCUCCUGAGCGCCCAGGAUGCAACAACGGCGUGUUUUCUGCGCUAUAUAGCGACAUUGGACCUGAUUUCUAUGCUUCAGCUGGACCCAGUGAAGACACCAAGGGCUGGAUUGUACGUGAACCGUAUUCAACAAUUUGGGACGUUCCGAAAGAUUUAGAACCAAUCUCAUCGGUACGAUGGCUGAACGAAGAUAGCUGCAAAGAGGUGAUAGAACGCGAUACAGAAUUGAUACGAAAGUCUUUUCCUUCGGACCCAGAACGCGUCACAUUUGGAUUCCUUCCCAAUGAGGGUGUUGCAAUGUUUAUGAUAUUUAGAACGGAGUUCUUUGCUCCUGGGCAACCAUAUGCUAUACCGGAUAAAUGGGGCGUCGAACUUCCGCCUAAGGAUAGCUCUGAGGAAUCUCUUUGUUUUGCGACAUGGUCACUCGAUGUGCGACCGCCGCCACCAACAUUGAUAGUGACUCGCAUUCGCGCGACGAAGGAGACAUUCCCCACCAUCCUGUCCUGUCUGUUCUCAGCCGCUCGUGAAAGUGAUAUGAAACGUGUAGAGAUUUGGAACUUGCCAAGCGAUCUCGAAGAGGUCGCUGAGCAAUCUGGAGGUAGGAAAGAGGAAAGAGACGAACACCUUAAUGCAUUCAAGUGGUAUGGUCCGGAGAAGAAUGAGGACCUCAAAUGGGUGUAUAAUGAAAAGUGA